UCGAAUAGUCACAUUAUUUAAAAUUAGAAAAUAGCAUUGCUAAAUACAUAAAAGUGAUUUGUAAAUGAUACUGAAUGUAAGAUAUAUUGCUUCAUUCAAUUAAAAAUGAGUGUGAACCUUGUGUAUGACUAUGAUUUUAUAAAGGAUAUUUGAUACCUGAUUAGCAAAAAGUCAAGUGCGAUGAAACUAUAUGGUUAAAACAUCUGACUACACGUGUGCCAUCAAUAGUAUGUUCUUGUUAACUAUACAGAAAAGAUCUCUUAUACUAUAAUAGUUACAAGAUCAAGGCGUGCGGAAAUUUGUGAAGCAACCAUUUCAAAUAAAAGAUUACAAUUAACACGGUGUUACAAAAUGAUUCAUAACUUUUCUAAGUUUGUUAUUUUACAUAUAUUUUUUAUUGCAAAUAUUGCUUGUGAGAAACCAUUGUCGUCGCAGUUAUUUAAAAUGACACCGUCUGAUAAAAUUCGUGAAGAAGGUUAUAAAGCAGAAGAACAUACUGUAAUUACCGAAGAUGGCUACAUAUUAACUAUGCACCGAAUACCUGGAAAAUUAGGUGCUCCCGCAAUAUUUCUACAGCACGGACUGUUUUCGAAUUCUUUCGAUUGGAUUGUUAUGGGAAAGAACAAGUCUUUCGCAUUCAUCUUAGCUGAUCGCGGAUAUGAUGUUUGGAUUGGCAAUGCACGAGGUAAUACAUAUUCCAGGCGUCACGUAAGGCUUAAUCCAUCGAACCCUAGAUUCUGGAAUUUCAGUUUUCACGAGAUGGGAAUUUACGAUUUGCCUGCCAUUAUAACGUACAUUACGAGUUUGAAAAACGACAGUAUAUUUUACGUCGGACAUUCAAUGGGAACAACAAUGUCACAUAUUAUGGCUAUCGAAAGACCAGAUAUGGCUAAAAAAAUCAAAGCUUUAUUUUGCUUUGGUCCAGCAAUUCUUUGGAAAUUCUGGACAUCUCCGUUACAUGUAAUAUUAGAUGGACCAUUUGACUUCGAGAAACUUAUUAGUAAAUUAAAACUUUUUGAAUUGUUACCACAAAGUUUUUUGACAAGAACUUUUAUAAGAUAUUACUGCAACGCCUUAUCAGAAAACAAUCUGUGUUUACAAUUGUUUUUCACAAUUUGCGGUCGUAACCUAGCUCAAUUUGAUUUGAAUCUUAUUCCUCUAAUUUUCAGCCACACUCCCGCUGGAACUUCUGCGAAGACUGUUUUACACUUUUACCAAUUUUCCAAAUUUAAAAAAUUUCAAAAGUACAAUUACAAAGCGGUUGGUAAUAAAAUUAAAUACAACAGCUCUGAACCACCUGAAUACGACCUCACGAAGGUCAACAUACCAGUCGGUUUAUUUUGGUCUGAUAAUGAUUUACUAGUACACCCCAGAGAUGUCAAAACUGUAUAUGAUUUAUUACCAAAGAAAGUUUUGAGCUACAGAAUACCAGAUCCGUUGUUUAGUCAUACUGAUUUUAUAUGGGCGAAUAAUGCUAAGGAGGUGUUGUAUUUAAAAGUGUUAUCAGUUAUGGAAAGCUUCUUAUAAAACAUUUAAAUACCAUUAAUUUAUGAAAUUACCCGAAAAUAACA